GCUUAUUCGGAUUGUGCAGGUUUUUCGCAGAAGGGGGGAGGGGGGAAGGAAGAAUCGCUGUCGUUGGGGAGCGAUGAAGAAAGCAUGCAAAUCAGGAAAAACAUCCUCUUGCAACUGGAAUGUCUUUUGGUUUGUGGAAACUUCGGUCUUUCAGUAAGUUUGGACCACUGAGCAUUAAACGCACGGAUCUUCCAAACGCGAUGGACGCUCAACGUGCGCAGGCGGUUCCCGUUGCCGUUCCCGUGUCCGAGGCUGACUCUCCCGGUCCCGUGUCCGAGGCUGACUCUCCCGGUCCCGUGUCCGAGGCUCCGUCCGAGCCGGACUGGACCGAGGAGAGGUUUCGAGUUGACCGAAAAAAAUUGGAAAUAAUGUUUCUCGCUGCCAGUGGAGAGAGAGAGCGUGGAGGGGAAGAUUUCUUUCAGAAGAUCAUGAAUGACACAAGCACUCAGAUUGCCUGGCCCUCCAAACUGAAGAUUGGGGCAAAGUCCAAAAAAGAUCCGCACAUCAAAGUCAGCGGGAGUAAGCGAGGUGUGAAAGAAGCCAGAGACAGAAUCCUGUCUGUCCUCGACACGAAGAGUAACCGAGUGACCCUAAAGAUGGACGUGUCGCACACGGAGCAUUCUCACGUCAUCGGAAAGGGCGGGAACAACAUCAGACGUGUGAUGGAGGAGACAGCAUGUCACAUCCACUUCCCGGACUCCAACCGGAACAGUAAUGGGGAUAAGAGCAACCAGGUAUCUAUAGCAGGGCAGCCAACUGGAGUGGAGGUAGCCAGAGCUAAAAUCCGGGAGCUGAUGCCCCUGGUCCUGAUGUUCGACUGUGCGAACCUGCCAGAGCUGCUGGACUGCCGCUCUCCUGUCGUCCAGCACAUCUCUCAGUCCUGCAACGUCUCCAUCACCUGCAGACCGCCGUCACAUCUCUACGGCAACUCUACGGCCGUUGUCCGUGGCGACCAGAGCAACACCGCUGCAGUAAAGCGUGCUACUGCUCUGUUGCUGGACCACCUGGCCGGUCCUCUGGCCUCUUCGGUGCUGGUCAGCUCUCAACUAGAGGUCUCCCCCCAGCACCAACCCACCCUGCUGGGCAGCUCCGCCCUGCGACGCAUCACCCAGCUCACAGAUGCCCACAUCCACUUCCCCGAGCUCCCCGCGGCCUCUCACAAACACCCCCACCUGCCCCACUCCACCCUCUACAUCCACGGUACAAUCGACGCUGUGUGUGAGGCCAGGAAGCAGCUGAUGGGCUGCCUGCCACUGGUUCUAAUGUUUGACCUUAAGGUGGAGGUGGAGGUGGAGACCCAGUUCAUCACCACCCUGAUGGAGCAGCUGGAUGUCUUUAUUAGCAUGAAGCCCAAGCCCAAACAACCCAGCAAGUCUGUCAUCGUGAAGAGCUCUGAGAGAAAUGCAGGGAACAUGUUCAAGGCUCGCCAUCUCUUGCUGGCGAGGGAGAUCGGCCGCGGCUCCACCCCCCAUCCCUCCUUUUCCCCCGGAGCUCCUCCCCCUGCCGUUGCUGGCGACCCCAGCCCCGCGGGACUGGACGUCCUGGCCUCAGCUGGACUGGGGCUAAGCACUCUGGGUCUUCUGGGUACCUCAGGCACGUCUGCUGAUGGCAGCUCUACCCCUCAGGCUCACCCCACCUCCAACACCCCUCAGGUUCCGCCGGCACACGAUUCCAUCCGGAACGGCUACUCCUCACACUCACCUGCACACGCACACGGGCCCCAGUCCCAACCUGUGCACACACACGCAGCCCUGCCUCUCCAUGGCUCCUCCCCCUGGUCCUGCCUCUUCAGGGCCAGUGGUGGCAGUGCAGAUCAUAUGUUUCAGUCUGUGUCUCAGGGAUCUCACAGUGGCCCGCCGCUGUCUGGAGUCCACAGUUACACCAAGAGUCUUGCACACAGUCACGCUCUCAGCCCAGCGCACACACACAAUCCUCCACCAGGACUAACCUCUAUACACAAACCAGUCAACACAGAGCAGCUCAAAACACAUAUUUCUAGGUCUGUGUAUAGAGAGAUUCCCUCUGUCUCUCUUGAAUCUGUGCUUGGCUCCACCCACCGUGACUCAGUUCAAGAAAUUAACGGACGCUGCCAAACAGAAGCUAUCUCCAGCAAAUCAACCUCAGAUGAAGGCUCAGACACCUUUGUUGAAGUGGGCAUGCCCAGAAGCCCCUCGCACUCAGCCAAUGGGACUGAGCUGAAGCACAUGCUAGCUUCCUGUACAGGGAAACGGCAAACUGUGGCGCUUCUGAAGGGCGCCAAGAAUUCACAUCUGCAUUCGGAGUGUUUGCUGCGAGACAGUGAGUCUGAAGCAGUAGCUGAUAAAAGAGCUCCAGGCAGUGAGAGAGCUGAAAGAAACAGACUCACAUCUCAUAUACAGGCCUAUGACUAUGAACAGAAGAAGCUACUCGCCACUAAAGCCAUGCUGAAGAAGCCCGUGGUGACAGAGGUGCGAACCCCCACCAGCACGUGGAGCGGCCUCGGCUUCUCCAAGUCCAUGCCUGCAGAGAGCAUCAGCCAGCUCCGCCCGGCCAGCCGCCCACCACACACACCUGUCGCUAGCACCGCUUAUGAGGGUCCUUCUCUCUCCAUGUCCUGUGAGGGGAGUAUUGAGGCUCUCAGUAACAGCUGUAAUGGGGAGAACUGGAGGGAGGGACACGAUGGUGCUGACAUCAACGGCAACGGAACCGCACACAUCGGAACAGACCUGCCUGAACUCUUCAGUACUUUGGGACUUGGCAAAUAUAUUGACGUCUUCCAGCAGCAAGAGAUUGAUCUGCAGACAUUUGUCACACUGACAGAUCUAGACCUAAAGGAACUGGGAGUCACAACAUUUGGAGCACGCAGGAAAAUGCUCCUGGCUAUCUCAGAACUGAGUAAGAACCAGAGGAAACUCUUUGAGGUGAACGAUGUCCAGCCCUCAUUCCCGGAGGUCAUUGCGGGUCGUCGUGCCUGGCGGCAGGUCCACGUGCCAAGUGUUAGUGGGCGUUGGUGAGCACUUGGGGCUCCAAGUCAAAACAACAGGCCCACUGACGGUGCUUCCGUCUGGGCUACAGACACCCUGACUCCCCCCCCAGGCCAGUUCCAGAAAGGACAGUAGGCUAAGACAGCAUGGCUGCUACUUUACUGGUUGUGUUCUGGUAAAACAUUUGUAGAAACCUUUCUAAAAAGGUCAGUUUACGAGAAAAAGCCAUCAAAUGAACAGUGUUGUGUUCCCACCAUCGUUGGCAUGCCACAGUAUCAGUACAAAGCACUUUAAGAUAUCUUUUUCUCAUGGUCCUUUCAAAUGUGUACAUCUGUGUAGUGUGUUUUUUCUUGUAACUGGUUCCAGUGCCAAUGUACUUACCACUUCAGGGUUCAAAAGUCAAAGUUCAUGCCAAGGAUCUUUUGAUUCAUCAUUUUCAUGUACAUUUUCAUUACUCAGUGGAUGUCGCCGAAAGACCUCAUUUACUUCAAAAUAUUUUAAAUGCUUUUUCCCCUUACUAUCAUCAAUGUUUUAAUUUUAAUGUUUUCUUUUUUAUCAAGAAACUAUUUUAGUUUUGCCUUUUUUUUAUGUUGUGAUCUUUAAUUGGUUUGACGAAUUGAUUCGUGGGUUGGCUUUCUGCUGAUGAUUGGUUGAUUUGAUUGGAUUGUUGGUUGGUUGGUUGGUUGUUUUUCUUUGAUGAUGUUGUUUCAAUAUACAACUCCCCAUCAGAGAUUUCUCAAACAAGCCCUCAAGGUUCAAGGGGCAGUUGAAAAAGGGAGUUGUUUACUUAUUCUGGCUACGAGUACGUAAUCUGUUUCGAUCGACCCAGGUGUGAUGUGGUAGCAGAUCUGAUGUGAAGGGACGCUCUUGCGGCACUUCCAGCUGAAGCCUGUGCCAUUGGUCAGAAACGAACUUCCACUCAGGGCUUCUGACGUGGCACCAAAACGAUCUUGCUUUCCUACAAAUCUUGCUGUGCACACACAUUUAGAAGCCUGUCUGAGAUCAAUUCCAAUUUAAAUCAGUUUUACAUUUCUAGAUAUAUUUUCAAUUAAUUUCCUCAGUUCUUAAAUUCAUAUUGCAUUCUGGUUUUUUUUUGUCAGCAUAACCCUAACACUUUGCAUACUUAAAUCAAAUUGUUUAGGUUGGCUAUACAUAUAUUCGUGGAGUCAUGUAUAUUGUGAGGUACCUAGAUUGUCAAAUGUAUCCGCUUCAGAUUUACCUAACAGUAUUUUUGCUUAUUAGUGGCCAUACUUUUCAGUUUGACUUUUUAAAGAUAUCUUUCUACCUGCAAUGUCAUUUCUGCAUUAUUUUUUGAAGGGUUGUGACACUUUUCUCCACAAAAGGCUUGUGUUCAGAAGACCUUUGCCUCUACCACCUGGAUUAUAGAAAUACUUUAUUGGUAAGGUACAUUUCUGUAAGUACUACAGUCAGUGGCAGUGAAUGGACAUGCGUUCAAACAUGCAUAUUAACCACCUGAAAUCUGUAUUCAUGUUUAACUUGCUAUUAUGAGGGUCCUGAUGCAAUUUCUUUUUUUUUAUUUCCACAUUUUUAUGUGCGAUAAGGUUGAAUCUCAGAAGGCACCACCAGUAGCCUUUACUAGUAGCCUGUUACUGGUUGGUUGGUUGGUUGGUUGGGUGGUUGGUUGGCUUGUCUUUUCAGUAAUUGUAUGAUGGCCAAAGCACCCUUGUGUUAGGCUGUUAGCUGCUGUUUAUGUGCUUAUGUUUCACAAAUAAAAAAUAUAAGCAAGCGAAA